AGGUGUAAUAUGCUGAGCAGGAUCAACCUAACCAAGGACCAGCGUUAAUUAGAUGCUCAGUGCAAGAAGGUGCUGUUUCAUAGCUAGAAAUGCGCCUGGAGUGGUAAUUGAUGCGUUGAUCCGUAGCAACAGCCGCGCAACCUACCAAGAGCAUCAUCACCUUCAUCCGAAUUACAGCUUUCAUCUUCACAUCUUCAAUCUUCAACAUUCCUCUCUUCAACUAAUCUCUCGCUCGCUUCUACCUCUGUUGAUCCUUUAUACUCACGAUGAAUCAUUUCCCUGAAGCUUGGGGCCGGCCCCGAGACGAUGUCUAUGGCCCCUACAAUUCUUCAUACCUACAGACUACCGGUCCGAAGGGGCAUACCCAGUCACCAGCAGUAACAGGUACUACAGUGCUAGGAGUAAAAUUCAACGGCGGAGUCGUUUUAGCUGCCGAUUCGCUAGCUUCAUACGGAUCUCUGGCUCGGUUUACUGACGUCAAACGCCUCCGCAAGUUUGGUGAUACUGCUGUUGUAGGGUUCAGCGGGGAUAUAUCCGACAUGCAGUACAUUGAUCGUUUACUGGAUUCCAUCGAUGUCAGAGAAAACUACUCGGCCAACGGCAACACACUCAAUGCCAGAAACAUCCAUACCUACUUGUCUAAGGUACUUUACAAGCGACGUUCUGAGUUUAACCCCCUCUGGAAUCACAUUCUAGUUGCUGGGUUCGAUGAUGAUAAGAAGCCUUUCCUCAGUUCUGCGGAUCUACUAGGAACCACGUUCUCCGCACCACAUCUGGCAACUGGCUUCGGUGCUCACUUGGCUAUCCCAAUCCUCCGCCGGCUAUUUCCUGAAGAAAAACCCCUCGAGGAUAUUAGCAAGGAUGAGGCUGUGGCGGCACUUCGAGAGUGCGUUAAGGUUCUCUGGUACCGCGACGCGCGAAGUCUUGACCAGUACUCCAUAGCAGUCAUAUCAGCCCAAGGGAUUGAAUUCCAGGAGGACCAGCAGGUUGAGGCUCAGAGCUGGGCAUUUGCCGAAACCAUCAAAGGAUACGGGGCUCAGGUCAACUAGCUUUCUUGUUCGUUCAUAGUGCAUAAACUCAUUUCCAGAGUGUACUACGAUUUGCGUUCAUAUGCAUAAGAGGGGCCGCUAAGGGUUUAUACGCUGAAGUAAAUGAAGUAAUACAAGAAGCAAGUGCUCUACCGCAAGCCUCUAUAGCAUUCAUGUCAUGAACCGCCUCAGAGCUUAGAUGGCUUGUCUGGCACUAUCUUAACCUUGUUCCGGCAGGUGCCGACAUCAGGAGCGAGGGUGACCUCAACCAGAUCACCAUCUUUUAGCCACAACGCAGGUUUCCGACCCAUACCAACACCCUGGGGGCUGUACAU